UAAAUGCAGACGAAGUGGAAGAGUGGAAGGAAUUAGAGGAAAAGAUAGAUCAAGGUAAAGAGAUAGAUCAAAGUGAAGAGAUAGAUCAAAGUGAAGAGAUAGAUCAAAGUGAAGAGAUAGAUCAAAGUGAAGAGGUAGAUCAAAGUGAAGAGAUAGAUCAAAGUGAAGAGGUAGAUCAAAAGGCUUUUGAAUUCAGAGAGGUAACGAAUAUUACAGAGGAUAAAGAUAUUACAGAGGAUAAGGAUAGUUCAGAGGAUAAAGAUAUUACAGAGGAUAAGGAUAGUACAGAGGAUAAAGAUAUUACAGAGGAUAAGGAUAGUACCGAGAAUAAAGAUAUCACAGAGGCUAUCAAUACUCCCGAAGCUCUUUAG